UCUCUCUCUCCUAACGUUUCACUCUUCCUCUCUUGUAACUCCUUUCCGCCACCUUCCACCCCCUUUCUCUUUCUCUGUUUCUCUCUCGCUGUCUCCUUCUCGCUUCCUCCUUGUUCAUUGACACAAAUACAAGUGAACCAAACCUUGAAUUAAUGGGGUAAAGCUGGAAUAGGGGUGAGGGGGAUAAGCGCAGGGGUGUUGUGGGCCGUAGAGGGCGGUGGCGGUAUGUAUGUUAUUUUGUUUUGUUUUCCAAGUUUCUCUGUCUCCUGGUAACAUUCCACCAUCCUCAUUCUCCCUGGUUAAUUAUCAAUCAGAUGAAUGUCUCUUCGCUCGUUCUGAUUGGCAUUCACUGGAUCAGGCCAGAUAAAACAGGUGACACCACUGAUACUAGUCAUGGGGCGGGGUGGCUGAUGUCUUCGCCUUUUCCUACCCCUGGCUGUCACCCCUGGGACUGACAGACAGACAGGCAGGCAGGCAGACAGACAGACAGAGACCGAGACGGAGGACUAACACAUAGAGACCUCUCUCACUAUCUCAUCCCUUCACUGGAAAAAAACAUCACAUUUUUUGUUAUUUAUUCAAGUGAUCUUAUUGAGAUUAAAACUCUCUUUUCAAAGGGGAGACCUGCCAUAGUACGACUGCAACUAAACCGAUUAUACCUGGAGUUCCAGGCUCUUUCUUAGCUGUGAGGUGUAGCAGCAUGGGUAGACCCACUAUGAGCCGUGCCACUGCCCUGCUCACACUCCUGGCCUGUCUGGUUGUCUUAGAGGCCCGUCAUGAGCCAGGAUACUGUGCCUUCUACGAGGAGUGUGGUAAAAACCCAACGGUGGCGGGAUCCCUCCUCCCCCCCAUAAUCCCCUGCCUCAACUAUAGCCGCGCUCGAGCCCUCGAGGGGGCGCACUACCAACAACUCAAAAAGGUGUGCCCCAUGCUGGACCGUGGAGAGGGCAGCACCACCGCCUGCUGCUCUAUAAAGCAGCUCAAGUCCCUGGAAAUGAGCCUGAUGCUGUCCAAGGCAGUGCUCAUUCGCUGCCCCUCCUGUGCUGACAACUUUGCCCACCUCCACUGCAUCAACACCUGCAGCCCUGACCAGACCACAACCGUUAACGUGACACGCACCAUGAACGUCAACAGCUCGGGGAUUAUCAAAGAGGCUGUGGUGGGUUACCAGGCCUACUUGUCCACCUCAUUUGCUGACAAAUCCUUUGAGUCCUGCAAGAACGUGAGGAUUCCCGCCACGGGGGGGUAUGCCAUCGCUACCAUGUGUGGACGCUAUGGCUCAGCACUGUGUACGGCUCAGCGCUGGUAUGACUUCCAGGGAGACUCCAGUAAUGGCCUGGCCCCACUGGACAUCGACUUCAGGCUGAUUCCAGAAGGGGUCACCGAGGGGAUACCCGAUGGGGUAGUGCCUUACGCUGGGAGGGCGCUGGGGUGUAACGAGAUGACCCCAACAGGGGCAGAGGUUUGCUCCUGCCAGGACUGCCAGGCCUCGUGCCCGGUCGUACCCUCUCCCCCACCCCCCGCAGAACCCUUCACCAUCGGAGGGGUGGACGGCUACCUGGUGCUAUGUGUGAUCUUCCUCUGCGUUCUCAUUCUAGCCUUCCUGCUCUUUGUGCUCUCCACCUACCUCCUGAGGAAGGAAAAGGGCAAGGACUCUGAGAAAGGGAAAGGAAAGGGGAAAGGGAUGGAUAAGAAUGGGAACAACGUUAGUGAGAGGCUGAUUGAACCGUGGGAGGUGACGUGUACAGACAAGAACAGCCUGGCUACUCAGGAGUUCCUGGGCUCUGGGUUCCAGGCAUGGGGCACCCUCAUUGCCUCACACCCCCUCAAGGUGCUGCUAGUGUCGGCUGUGGUCAUAGCUGCUUUCGCCACAGGACUCAUGCACAUCGAACUGACCACCGACCCUGUCCAGCUGUGGUCCGCCCCAAACAGCCGCGCCCGUAUGGAGAAGGACUUCCACGACAAGCACUUUGACCCAUUCUUUAGAACCAACCAGCUGAUCCUGACAGCGCCGGGCCGACCUGGUCACUUCUACGACUCGUUGCUGUUCGGGAAGCAGAACUUCAGUGGAAUCAUUGCCAAAGACCUGAUCCUGGAACUUCUAGAGCUGCAGAAGAAGAUUCAGAACAUUGAGUUCUGGUCGAAUGAUCUGAACCGUACGGCAAGUCUGAAGGAUGUGUGCUUCGCGCCUCUCAACCCCUCCAACCCCAAACUGACCGACUGUGCUGUCAACAGCCUGCCCCAGUACUUCCAGAACAGUGUGGACAACCUCAACGCUAAAGUCAACAUGACGGAGCUGGGCUUGACCAAGGAGGUGGACUGGAGAGACCACUUCAUCUACUGCGUCAACUCUCCCCUGUCGUUCAAAGACAUCACUGACCUGCAGUUGAGCUGCAUGGCUGACUAUGGAGCACCAGUCUUCCCCUUCCUCGCAGUGGGAGGAUAUGAGAAUGAAGGCUACACUACAGCAGAAGCUCUCAUCCUGACAUUCUCCCUCAAUAACUACCCUCGAGACAGCGUUAAGUUCAAGGUGGCCCUGGAGUGGGAGCAGAGGUUCCUGGACAUAGUCCAAGAGUACCAGAAGAGUCCAGGCAACCCGUUCACCUUUGCGUACAUGGCUGAGAGGUCACUGGAGGAUGAGAUUAACAGGACGACAGUGGAGGACAUCCCCAUCUUCAUGAUUAGCUAUGCUGUUAUCUUUGUGUACAUCGCUGUGGCUCUGGGGGAGUACACCUCCUUCAGUCGAAUACUGGUGGAUUCGAAGUUCCUGGUUGGUCUGGGUGGUAUACUGGUGGUGGGCUGCUCUGUCCUGGCCUCCAUGGGUUUCUACGCCUGGAUCGGUAUCCCCUCCUCUCUGAUCAUCCUCCAGGUUGUCCCCUUCCUGGUGCUAGCCGUAGGAGCUGACAACAUCUUUAUCUUCGUUCUGGAGUACCAGAGGGACGCACGGAGGCCAGGCGAGAAGAGGGAGGAGCAGAUCGGACGUGUCCUUGGAAAUGUAGCUCCCAGCAUGCUCCUGUGCUCUCUCUCCGAGUCUGUCUGCUUCUUCCUGGGCGCUCUGAGCACCAUGCCUGCUGUCAAGUCCUUUGCUCUGUACGCUGCCCUGGCUGUGCUCAUGGACUUCGUGCUGCAGAUGACGGCCUUCGUGGCGUUGCUGUCCCUGGACGCCAGACGGCAGGACGGGAACCGCUGCGAGCUGGCCUGCUGCGUCACCGUCAAGACCACGGCCCCCUCCAAACCCAACGAGGGUUUCCUUCUGCCCGUCAUGAGGAAAUACUAUGCCCCCGUCCUCCUCCACCCCGUCACCAGGGUCAUAGUGAUGGUUGUGUUCAUCUUUAUGUUCAUCUCCUCCAUCUACCUGAUGUUCUAUGUGACAGUGGGCCUGGAUCAGGAGCUGGCUAUGCCCCAGGGUUCCUACAUGUUGGAGUAUUUCAAGUACCUGUAUGCAUACUUUGAGGUGGGCGUCCCGACCUAUUUUGUCACAACAAAGGGCUUUAACUUCUCCAGCAUAACGGGUAUGAAUGCAACCUGCUCCAGUGUGGGCUGUGACCCCUUCUCUCUCACUCAGAAGAUCCAGUACGCCACUGAAUACCCUGACCUAUCUUACUUGGCCAUCCCAGCAAACUCGUGGGUGGACGACUUCAUUGACUGGCUAAACCCUGGAUCCAAAUGCUGUCGGCUCUAUUCCUUCGGUCCUAACAAAGGGAAAUUCUGUCCCGCGAGCGAAUCGGCCUUCCUGUGUGGGCAGAAGUGUAUGAAGAGUCCCGUUAACGGGGUACUGAGGCCCGACAUGGAGCAAUUCAACCGCUUCCUACCAGACUUCCUAGGCAACAGGCCCGACCUGCAGUGCCCUAAGGGAGGUCUAGGAGCCUAUGACAAGGCUGUGAUCACAGACGAGAGUGGAGAAAUUAUAGCCACCAGGUUCAUGGCGUACCACACGGCCCUGACCACCUCCAAGGAGUUCACUGCAGCUCUAAAAAUAGCCAGAGAGCUGGCCCACAACAUCACCCUCAGCAUGAGAGCCAUACCUGGCACAUCCCCGGACUUUGAGGUCUUCCCCUACACGGUGACCUAUGUGUUCUAUGAACAGUACCUGACCAUUGUGUCUGAGGGACUGUUUAACAUCUCCCUGUGCCUACUGCCAACCUUCGUGGUGUGCUGUCUGCUACUGGGCAUGGACCUGCGCUCCGGCGCUCUCAACCUCCUCACCAUCAUCAUGAUCACCGUGGAUACCGUGGGCGUCAUGACACUGUGGGGCAUCGACUACAACGCUGUGGCUCUUAUCAACCUGGUCACGGCGGUGGGUAUCUCUGUGGAGUUUGUAUCUCACAUGACACGUUCCUUUGCCAUGAGCAUCCAGCCUACACAUGUAGAGAGAGCCAAGGAGGCUACUGCUACUAUGGGCAGUGCGGUGUUUGCUGGCGUCGCCAUGACGAACCUGCCUGGCAUAGUUGUGUUGGCAUUUGCCAAAGCCCAGCUCAUCCAGAUAUUCUUCUUCCGUUUAAACCUGGUUAUCACUCUGCUGGGCAUGGCCCAUGGUCUCAUAUUCCUGCCCGUGCUGCUCAGCUACUUCGGUCCUGGAGUGAAUAAGGCAGUGUUGCUACGGCUACAGCAGGCCAAGGCCCAGGCGCUGGAGCUGAGUAGCAGCACCAAGAACAUCUAUGACAACAUCGGCUAUGAAGACCAGGAGAACAGCCCCAACCCAGACACCACCCCCCCAGAGACAAUCUCUGAGGAACAGCUAAAAUAAGAUAAAAUGGUGAGAGUGGGCCAUUUCUGAACACCACUACCUAAACAACUGUUUCCAGUUGAUCAACAUAUACCUCCGUAACCAUAGGAACCACAAGAGCCCGAAGCAAGGACAAUGUAUGUAGCAAAGGAGGGUCUAAUAGAGAUUCUAUAUAUUGAGCCAUAUGUGCAGAUCUUCAUCUAUGGCACUAGCGGCAAUGUCCCCUUAUUCGGGAAAGGCAGGACUGAAGGCCGCAAUAGAGACGACCGUGCAAUAUCUACUACCAGAUGAACUGUGUGGAGUGGAGAUACAUAACCACGUACUGAACUGAGGGACCUAUUGGUCGUUCAACAGAGACAUUACUUCUAAUAGUAUACUGUGUAAUGUAGACAUGUAGUCUCUCAUCUCCAUAUUCUGUAUGUGACAGUUUCGGCCUGGGCAGGAGGAACCGGCAGGAUGAUUUCUGCAUUGCAAAUUAGGCAGGCCCAAAGUGGUUCCUAGUGAGAAAUUACAAACAAAUAUGCUAGCAAAAUUCGUUUUUUAUACUAUUAGAAUUGUUUUGUGUGUCAGUUAAAUGUAUGUUUAUUUAAUUUAAAUAUGUUGUAUCUAUUAAUUAAAUCAACUAAAAAUGAGUUUCAUUUACAAAAUCUGUUCAUCGAGUGUUCCCACGAAUAAAAAAGAAUGUAAUCAAGGUACGGAAUUAUAGUUAUUUUCAAAUACAAUCUCUUUUUGGUUGUGGUCAAUUUGCAGUGUACAAAUGAUUAGAAUUAUGUUUCGGUUCCCCCACCAUCCACUCCGACAAAAUUCGGCCAGCAGCUGAAUCUAGUUGUCUUCCCCUAAAUUACAGUCAGAGAAUACACUCCAGUUGUUGAUAGUAAAUAGUCUUGAAAAUAAUUUUCUGUAUUGUUUGUAAAAAAAUAUUGUGAAAUGAAUAUUAAACAUGUCUGUAAAGUAUGUGUGACUUGACUUUGUAGGCUGUGAGAAACCCAGGAAUAAAAUGGCAUAAUGAUUUUCAUAAUUCACAAUAAAUGCAUUACAUAAG